AUGAAGUCUGCUGAUACCAAAAGAGGUGGAAACACUUCUAUACAGUUUAAAGCCAAUUGCCCUAUUCCAAAGAUACUUACAUACAAUAAGCUACGCAAGCAAAUUAAUGCAAUAGAUAUAGGUAAAGUUUACUCAGUGGAAGAGCAAUUUUCUGCUUACAUUCAAGAUGAAAAUGUAAAGGGGUGCUAUAGAGAUCUUAGGGAAUACUUACCUAGGCUAGCAAAGUUUUAUCUCGGCAUGCAAAAAAACCAGAAAGGUGCUCUGAAGUGGUUUGCAGAAACUGAGGGAACAUUCUUAGUAGCUUUUGGGGGAGAUGGGUGCCCUUUUGGGAAAACAGAGACAGCCUGUUCUUUUCUUGUUAGCUUCUUAAAUACAGGCAAAAGAGUCGCGUCUAGUGGUGACAAUUUUUUAGUGUUUGGAGGCAAUGUCGAGGAGAGUUCGCCUGUUGUCAAAAAUAUGCACAGUAUGUGUAUAAGCAAAUUGCAGACAUGAAGGGGAAAGUGUUUGAAAUUUGUGGUUUAUCCGUAACAUUUUGUUUUGAAGAACUCCCAAACGACAUGAAAAUGUUAGCGAUGCUGGCUGGUGAGCUUAGCAAUUCUUCUACUUAUUUUUCAACGUUUGCCAAUGUUAGCACUAAUGAUUGUACCGACCUAGACGGCACUCUUAGCCUUGAUCCUAAUUCCAAAUGGAAACCUUGGGUAUUUGAGGAAAGGGUAAAGGUUGUGAAGAAGGUCGAGUCUCUUAAGUCUUCACUUGAUAAAAAGGUCAUGUCAGCACAAAAUAAGAGAAACAAGAUAACUCAAUUUAUUGCUCAGAAUAAGAGCCGUCAAGAGUUCACCCCUCUUUUAGGCAAACUCAUUGAUAAAGCACAUGUGGAGCCCCUACAUUUAAAAAAUAAUGCUUGGGGUUAUUUCUUUAAAGUGUUACUCAAAGAGGCAAUAGCAAAAUCUAAGAUUUCGGUAGCAUGUAAAACGUUUGCUGAACUACCACAAGAUAGUUGUCUGGUAAAACUUGUUAAUACUUUGCAACACAUACUUCAUGUAGGACGUUUAGCUAAGAAAGUAAAAAAGUGGUUUGACGAAACCCAAUGUAGGCAAAAUGAUUUGCAAUAUCGGUUCACAGGAAAAGAGUCCAGAGCAUUCUGCCACCAUUUUUCAACACUCUUAUCCCUUUUAAAGUUACCUAGUGACAGUCGUAAACAGAUACAGACAAUUUUAGCACUUCACUAUGUAGGUCUAAGGCUAAGAGAUUGUUGUUCAAUUAUUAAUAGAUUUGACAUGAAGCAAGUAGACAUUGACAAAUUGUAG